CAAAGUGAAGAUAGGACUCUGAAAACAUCACAGACAGUGGGACUCGGGUGUUACACCCAUUGUAGACAGUCAUGACUCACAGAGUUAUUUUCAGAGGAGAUACUUGAUUUCUACAUUUAAGUGUGAAACAUCACAGAUAAAGACUUUAACACAUCAAGUGACUCUUGUUGUAGAACUGCAUAGGCAACUUGAACUCCCCCCUGAUGACGUGUAAAGCAGAGAGGCGGAGACCAUGACCAUGUCCUAAGAAUAACCCGGCCAGAGAGAAAAGCACAGCUCUUGAGAUCGAGGGACAAUUCUGAAUUCACUGGAUCUGUUGCAGAAAAAAACAGGAAGUCUGAAGCCGAAGAUAAAGCCGCGUGCUCAUGUGCUCUGAUCUGUCUUCUUUCACAUGCCUUGUGUUGGGUUGAAGAUCAAAUGGCCUUGGAUUUACUCGUCUAUGUUCACUUGGAAGAGGAACAAACUUCCACAGGACUCCGAAGUAAAACUGAUAAAACAAAUUCCUUUAAUCCACAGUUUUGUUAAACAAUCUUACUGGAUGAUUCAAAGUCAAGUUCUCCUGAAUCAGUGAACGAUACUACGUGGCUGUUUGGAAUUCUUCAGGGUACAGUGCCAGUGUUCCUGAAUGUUUAAUGAAAAGCAGUUGUUUUGUGAGUGUUACAUUAGAAGUAAUAAUCCAAUAACAUGUGUAUUAAACCUGGUCUACAAAUAGAUCUAAAACACCGUCGGGUGAGAUGAGUCCCGUCAGGCGAUGUUUGGUGACACUUUUUGAGUGGAUAAUCUUGUGGCUGAAAUGUGGUCUAACAAGACUUCAGGGUGUUUUUGCAUCCAAAAAAAGUUGGACAAUACAAAAUAACGUCCAAGAUAGAUCAGGUAAACCAGACUCGGAGAAGUGGAAAACCAAUGAAGCCCGUCGCACAUAUCGCCAUGGAGACGAAGGCGAAACCAUGGUUACAGUCCAAACCAGCACACAUGCAUUCCAUGUCGACCUUGGGAGACUCUCGGAGUGCAGCGAGUACUUCCGAGCCUUAUCCCGGUCCAGGAUGAGAGAAACGUCAGAGAACCUCAUCCACCUGGACCACGUGUCCUCCUCUGUGUUCUAUCAUUUCCUGGAGUUCUCCUUUUAUAACAAAUCUGAAGUCCUUCCAGGGGAGUUGGCCUCGCACAUCCAGGUCAGCUGUUACCUCCUGGCCGUGGACUUCCUCUCAAAGUGCCUGUCAGAUCUGUCCGAUGUCCUCAGCCCGGGUAACUGUUUGUCCUACCUGAGUCUGGCCCGGGAGAUCUGCUGCGAGGAGCUGAAAACGACCGUGUUCACCUACCUGAGCAGAAACCUGCUGGAGGCGCCUCACCUCAUCAAGACUCUGAACGAAGAAGAUCGGGCCGAGGUGGUGAGCCAGAGAACACGAGGAGGCCGAUGUCUGUGCUGCCUCAGAAAGGAGAAUCUGACUUCCUGGAAUGACCCAGAAACAGAACUCGCUCGACACAUGUUCACUCUGAAAGGGUCGGAGGACAGCAGCGAUUGGCGCCUGGUUACAGAGCUUCCUUUCCGAGCUGAGAAGUGGUGUUUCACCACAGCGGUCCUGUUUAACUACCUGUACAUUAUAGGAGGCUUCCGGCAGCGUGUGAAGAGAGGCUGGGAGUUCAAGAUGGCUUCCUUUAGGUACAAUCCAUUCACGCGCACAUGGGUGGCCACAGCUCCCCUGAUUAAGCACAGACGGCACUUCAGUGCAGUGGCCUGUGAAGGCAACAUUUAUGCUGUGGGUGGCUGGCACUUAGACUCUUUGGUGACUCCGGACUCUGGCACUGCUCUUUAUACAGCUGUGGAGCGCUAUGAUCCAUGGGAGGACACGUGGAGGUUUGUCUCCUCACUGCCGCUCACUGACUUCCAGUUCACCAUGUCCUUGUCCCAUGAUGUGCCCCUCGCCGCUAGCCUUGAACACUGUGUCUAUGUGUUGGGAUGCAUCCAGAGGACAGGAGAGAAACUUCUGCUGCAGUACAACACAAGAGAAGACUCCUGGUCUGAACUGCUUCCCACCCUCACCAGAGCAGAUGCAGACCUCCCUGCUCUUUACUUCCUGGGUGCCUCUGACAGGCUGCUUGUGAUUGGUGGGAACAACUUAGAGAAUGUGGUGACAUCAUUCUGUGUGCACUCACAGAGAUGGGGAGAGGUGCACGGGGCUGAUAAAGUGGCAUUGGCAGGACAGGGGACAGUUGUAGGAGACCAUGUCCUGAUGCCGAGUAUAGAGCACAACGCUGUUAUAAGGAUGGAUCUCCAAACGCUCUCUCUCAAAGCCCUGCCUCAUCUACCCAUAUAUACCCGCUAUGAAUCUGUUUUUUAUCUCCACUUUUAAAAUACUUUUUUUAUGUUUUGUGAUGUCCUGUUCAAAUGUAAGGAGAUAUUUUCCCAGGGUCGGUGGGUUUUUAAUCAAUCAAUCAAUCAAUCAAUCAAUCAAUCAAUCAUUUUUUAUUUGUAUAGCGUCAACUCAUAACAAGUGUUAUCUCGAGACACUUUACAAAAAGCAGGUAAAAUACCUUACUCAUUGUUAUGUUACAAAAAGCAGGUAAAAGACCUUACUUAUUGUUAUAUUACAAAGAUCCGGCCUAUCCAUCAUGAACACUUUAAUCAAAGCAGUAAAAGUUACAGUGGUAAGAAAAAACUUUCUUAUUAAAAGGCAGAAAUCUUCGGCUGGAUCUCCGGCUCAUGACGAAACAGCCUUCACAGGUCUAGACUGCGCCGGGCUUGGAAGGGGAUAGGGGGAGAGAUGGGAUAAGAUGCAGGAAGAGGGAUAGGGAGCAAGG